UGCUUUGCUUUCCAACACACCAACAUCCUGACUCUUGGGACAGCUACAUGGAUUUUAAGAUGGGUUUUUGGGCCGGAGGUGUCACAACCAGAGACUGAGUGACUGUGAUUUUUCCUGAAAUAACUGGUGAUCACACAAUUGUGUUUGGAAAAGACACAAGACUCACCUCCAUCACUCAACACCAUGGCCAACUGUGGACCUGCUUCCGCCGUCCCAUCCUGUGAAGCCACUCCAACCGUUGCCUUUGGAUCCGGAGGCGCCAGAGGAUUAGGCAGAGGUCUUGUCUCUGGCUUUGGCUCUAACUUCGGCUACGGCUCUGGCCUUGUUUCUGGCUAUGGCCUUGGGGGCAACAUCGAAUCUGCAGCCAAUCUGGGAGUCCUCUCCGGAGUCAACCCAUCUUGCAUCAACCAGCUUCCCCCAUCUGAAGCUGUGAUCAACCCACCUGAAAUUGUGGUCACCCUCCCAGGCCCCAUCCUCUCUGCCACCCCUGAACCUCUCCUUGUUGGAGGCAACACUCCAUGCGCUGUUAGUGGAGUUGGCCUUAGUGGACUUGGUGAUGGAUCUUUUGGCGGGCUCUAUGGUGGGCUUAGGGGACUUGGUAAUGAAUAUUAUGGUGGGCUCUAUGGUGGGCGUAGGGGACUUGGUAAUGGAUAUUAUGAUGGGUUCUAUGGUGGGCGCCUUGGAAACUAUUCUGGAAUUCUGGGGGGAAGAGGCAACAUCUGUGGCUCCUACUUGUAAGUUCUCAUGGACUUUUGGCCCCGGAAAUGGAACAACUGAACAACACACAACGGAACACUCGAGCCUGGCUUUAGCUGAGCUGAACAUCCUCUUCCUGGAUGACAUCCAUGGGAGCUGGCCAAUGUUCAGCCCUACUAGACAUCAGAGCUACCUGUCUCUUUCAUUGCCCUAAAUAUAUGUCUCUCUGUUGUCUCUUUAUGAUUUCUCCUUUUCUGAACCCAUCCUGUUUGUUUUGAAUAUCCUCACUUCUAGUCUUUAAUAAAAUUGACUUUGCAUUUAA